AUGAAGGCAGGCAACACUGAUGAUGCAAAUGAAGGUGAGGACAACGUAAAUGGACAGGAAGUAUACACGGAUGUGAAGGUGCAGGAAAGCAGUGAUGCCAGUGAACAGAGUGAACGUGGGAAUGAAGAAGCCCACAGUUCCUUUGCUGAAAGUGAGGAAGAAAAGAAGGAAGUUAUAGAAGAAGAUGAAAGUGAUAGAAACAAGGUUGAAGAGCAAUGUGAUACAAAUGUGGAGGAAAACAAGAAGGAGGAGAGAAAAGAAGAUGAACAAGGUAACACGCCUGCCAGUGAAAAAGAAGACAGUGACGGUGACAAGGAAGAAAGCAGCAAUGCUGGGAAUGGGGGAACAGAAGACGGAGAAGACACCCAAGAUGCUGGGAAUGAGGGAGCCAUCCUUUUUGUAGAUCACAUAGAGUGGCCUGUGGAGGAGCUGGAGCAAGGUUGCUCAGUGACAGCUGAGCUGAUGGAGAGUUUCACGCGUGUCUUUGUGGACAGCGUGAGCAAUAGCUUCUACCCAGUGCCUCAAGAAGCCAUUGGAGUGGGCAGUGCCUUUGAGGGUUGGAGUCCCCGCGAGUGGGAUGGCGUGUACCGUGUGCUGGUCCCGCUGAAUCCCCCGCCAGGCCAUGCCUUCCACCUAGAACUGAACAGUGCAGGGCAGAUGGCAGCAAGGACCUUCAGCGUCCGCGUGGAGCUGGUGUGCACAUGCCAGAGGGAGCAGCUGGGCGAGAAGCUGUUGUGCUUCCUGCACCACUCGCAGGAGGAGCUGUGGCGGAAGCAGAAGCGCAGCCUCCUAGAGACACUCUGCACCGGCUCCUACCUGGACGUGGAGAAGACCUCCCACUGGUUCCACCAGCUGGUGAGAUGCUCCUGGCUGCACGUGCCUCAGUCCUACUCAUGGCACUUGGUGUUUCAGCCCUGCAGCCGGUCCUGCCAAUUCCAGCUUACCAAAGGCAAGAAGAGCCUGAUGGUGGAGAUGCUCUUUGGAGUGCGCCAAGGGGACUCCGACAUCUUUGUCAUCAGCCAGCCCACAGAGGCUCAGAGAGGUGGCUCCAUCAACUUUAUGAACAGUCAGCCUGCCGAGGCCAAGCUCAUCACAAGCACAGCGUGGCCUGAGACAUACGCUGUGGCAGAGGCGAAAUUCUUCCAGCACAUCGCCAGGCAGCUGCCCUGUCACAGCUUGCACCUGAAAUGCCUGCAGGUCUUCACCUGCAUCCUGAGGGGCACAGGGUUUUCCAGCUACACCUGGAAGACGGUGGUCAUGCACGUGCUGACCACAGUACCGCUGUCCCAGUGGCGCAGGAGGGAAUUUGAACGGCGGCUGUGGGACGUCAUGGCCUACCUGCACCGCUGCCUGCAGUUGAAACGCCUGGAGCACUUUGUGCAAGGCAGUGAGAGGCUUCCCGCAGAGAUCAGCGUGUCGCCAGCAACGCGAAGGGUUGAGCCGCUCAACCUCUUCGAGCACCUGGCCCGAGAUCCAGCCACCCACAGGGAGCUGAUGCAAACAUAUGGCCAGCUGCGAUUUCGCCUCUGGACGAUGCUCUCCAGCCACUGAGAGGAGUUCCCUGCACAGAGCUGUGCUGGGGAU